AUUACAGCUUGUCGUCAAGUGGAGUUUGGUGUGCAAGCCAUAUUUGGUCCUUCGGAUCCCAUUUUGGGUGCUCAUAUCCAAAGCAUUUGUGAAGCUUUAGAUGUGCCCCAUAUUGAAGCAAGAGUUGACUUCGAACCGACCUCAAAAGAAUUAUCGAUCAACCUGCAUCCUAGCCAAGAGAACAUGAAUAAAGCUUUUAAGGAUCUUAUGGCGUUUUUAAAUUGGACUAAGGUUGCGAUUAUAUACGAAGAAGAUUAUGGUUUAUUCAAACUGCAGGAAUUGGUGAAGUCGCCCGGCGCGGCCCGGACGGAGAUGUACAUCCGGCAAGCGGGCCCUGGAUCUUAUAGGCAGGUCCUGCGGGAAGUCAGACAGAAGGAGCUCUAUAAGCUGAUAGUGGAUACUAAUCCGAGGAAUAUUAAUCAGUUUUUCAGAGCGAUACUCCAAUUACAAAUGAACGACUAUAGAUACCACUACAUGUUCACCACAUUCGAUAUCGAGACGUUCGAUUUGGAAGAUUUCAAGUACAACUCAGUCAACAUAACUGCUUUUCGAAUCGUUGAUGUGGAGCAUCCGAAAGUCAAAGAAACAUUGGAGGUUAUGGAAAAGUUUCAACCAAUUGGCCAUGCAAUUCUCAACAGAAGUGGAGUCAUUCAGGCCGAGCCCGCUCUGAUGUUCGAUUCUGUUUACGUAUUUGCAAAGGGCUUAUCCGGAAUGGAGAAUGGUCAUUCUAUUAGGCCGACGAAUUUAUCCUGUGACAUUGAAAAGCCAUGGGAUGAUGGAUUGACCCUGUAUGAUUACAUCGACUCCGUGGUAAGUUGACAACCGAUAAAAAUGUGUAGAGGAGAUAAAUUGACAAUAUUGACAGUUUGCUCCACCGUG